AUGGGAGGUUGGCUCACAGCAUACUUAAAUAAUACCUUGAAAUUGUUCGACGAGGUAUUGGUCGAGUAUUACACUGGAAUACUAGAAGACCCUGAUUUAUCAAGUGAAGAGAAACUCGAAGUCUUACGAGAAAGUUUGAGUGAGAGUGGUAGCCCUGUGCUUACGUCGCAAGAUAAAAUUGAGGAUGCAUUAAAAGAAAUCUUAUACAAUUAUCAGAAUCCAGGCCAAGAGGAAAAGAUUGAAAUUGAAAAUUUAGAUUCAAAUUUUACUAAAUCAUCGAAUGUAGCUUCCGUGGAAUUUAUAUCUGUGUUAAAUCCUAAGGCCAAAGAAUUCAAACCUUCUUUUCUUAGAGCGAAUGAUGAUAAUGUAGUAUUUGAUGGUUUUGCACAAGAAGAGGAGGAGAAUAGUAAUAAUAAUAUAUCGAAUACUUUUAUCGAAAAUUUUGAGAAUAUUGAGCCCGAUCAUUUAAUAAAGAUUUUUGAACAGAGCAAUUUUGAUCUAGAGUGCACUUUAAACUCGUUACUAAAUAUCGGAAACACAACUGGAUCAACUAUAGCAACUAAAUCACCAUCAACAACAACGUUAACCAAAGAAAAAGGAAAACAAAUGUGUCGAUUUUUCUUGGAAGGAACUUGUUUUCGUAAAGACUGCAUGUUUUCUCAUGAUUUGCAGAAUGUCAUCUGCAAGUUCUGGAUGCGUGGUAGCUGUUUAGCUGGCGACAGUUGUAUCUUUAUUCACGAGAUUGAUCUCGAUAGAGUACGCAAUGCGCUGGAUACAUCCUACAAUAACUACACCGAUGGACAAGUGAACCAUGCGAUUCCGGAUGCUUUUGAUAAAUUAGCGUUUCCUGAUCUUUUGUCCCCAUCAUCAGUUCGAACUACCAAAAAAACAGCAUCUAUUUCUUCACCAUCGCAAUUUGCUAGUGUGGUCAAGCGUCGACGAUUAUCUGAACAAUUUCCAUGGAUAGACUCUAAUAUAAUUAAUUCACAUCUUACCACACACGAAAAUAAACUUGAUGUGACAGCUGCUAUCCUAAAGAACAAAUAUCCGCGACCCGCAAAUUUUGUCCCUAUAAAGGCAAUCCCUUCCAGGCUACUAUCAUCAUCGUCAAAGAGAAGGCGCGCUCCCCUUGUCAUUAAACCUCCGGAACAUAUUCCUUGGCUUGUGACUGGAAGUGCUUUAUCUGCUGACUACAGAAAAUAUCGAUCUCAAGCACUGGCUUGCGGUCGGAAACGUAAUGCUUUAUACGAGCGUGCAGCUAGUUCGUAUAAAUCAAAUCGUGGGGAUUUAGCAAAAAAAUACUCGCUUCAAGCGCAAGAAUAUAAUUUACGAAUGCGCGAACUAAAUCGAGAAGCUGCAAGGAAAAUCUUUGAUUCUCGAAAUAAUACAUACUGCAAAGAACCAUUUAUAGAUUUACACGGGUUGCAUGUGGACGAAGCAAUAGAAUUUUUGGAUGAAUCAUUUGAAGCACUAGAACUCGAAAACUACAAAGGAUCGAUUUAUAUUGUUACUGGGACAGGUCAUCAUUCACAAAACAUGAAAGCAAAAUUAGGCCCGGCGGUACGAGAAUGGCUCGAAGAAUUAGAUUACGAUUAUUGUGAUUGUUCAAAAGAUAAAAAAUAUGGAGGUGUGAUAGGUGUUGAAAUUAAAUAA